ACCUUUGCGAUCAACUUGCAAGACUUCCACGGUAUCCAUGCGUGUUUACGGCUACUGUGGAGGUCACGUGCUUCCGGCUACUGUGGAGGUCACGUGUUUCCGGUUAGUGUGGAGCUCCACAGUGGCUGCAGCCAGACCCUUCUCUUUCUCAGAGGCGUGCAGCGCCUGUGACAGCUUCCUGCGUGUUUUCCAGCGUGAACAUGAACGUGGCUGAAGCUAAAUCAGAGCUGAAGCGGCUGCUGAGCAGGCUGAGGCCGGCUGAACUCACGCAGCUGCUGGGCUGGAUGAAGAACUCAGAUGAGCUGGAGGACGAGCUGCUGGGAGAUAACGGGCGGGUGCUGCUGCAGAGUAUUGCAGAGGACCUGCGGGCAAAUGUGGCCCCCGAUGCUAUGCUGGCCUGUGAGACCGCUGCCUACAGUAAGAUGCAGCGGCGGUCACGGCCGACGGUUCACGUGGAUGGCUUCCUGUACGACGACGAGCAGGUGGACUCCCUGUGUGAACGGGGGCUGAUGAGCCGCAACUACUGCCUCAGCUGUGGAUCCCACAGGACUGCACCUCUGGACUUCAUCUCUCACUCGUUCUCCGUGACCGAGCUUCGGUUCCUGUUCCAGCACGUUCUUCCAGAUCUGAGUGGCCGGACACUGGUGGAUGUAGGAUCCAGACUGGGGGCCGUGCUGUAUGGGGGGUACGUGUACAGCUCAGCGUCCCGGCUGCUCGGCCUGGAGAUCAGCGAGGGUUUCGUCAGGCUGCAGGACUCCAUGCUGCACAAAUACAAGCUGACUGACAGAGUUCAGGUCCUCCAGGCUGACGUCUGCACGCAGGAUGUUCUGCUGCAAAAUGCAGAUGUUGUUGUCAUGAAUAACGUCUUUGAGUACUUCAUGGAGCCCGAGCAACAGGUCAG